CUCCGUUCAUCCAUUUCAGCAACCCUAGCCGCGCCCAAUCCUUUCACGCUCUCGCCUCUGCUGAGUGUCCUCCGACUCAGCCCGUGUGCCGCUCUCCUCGCUGGUGCAGAGCCAGGUCCGCCGCUCUCCCUCGCCGCCGUCCUCCUCCAACCUCUCGCUCUGCGGUUGAGGUGAGAUCCCUUCGAGAGAUCGAGUCAUGGCUUUCUUCUUUCGCGCCCCUUCGCCAGAGAGGAGAGGGAGAGAGCGAGAGAGUGGAGAAGCCUUCUUCUGGCGCGUAGCUCUAUAAAUACUUGUUCUCAACUUCGUUUUUUUUUCGCUUCUCGGUUUUGUUUUUUUUUCAUUCUUGGCUUCUUGUCGUCGUACGAGAUCUUGCCGCCGGCUCUCGGUCUCCUUGUCGGUGGGAUGGCGAUGGCGAGGGCGAGCUCCGGCCCCGCGUCUCUCGAGUGGUUCUACACCGCCGGCGCCUACGCUGGAUUCAGCGAAUCCUCCAAAUCCUCCGCCACCGACGUCCGAUUAUGGUCCUCUCUCGGCUCUCACAGCUUGGGGCCCGAUUCUUGAAAGAGUCUGGAAUAGGUCAGUUUUGUGUAACUAGAAGACGAUGUGUAAAAGGGCCUUCCAGUCAUUACUUAUACCCCAUGAAAAAUUUUCCCUUUUCUACUGCUCAUGAGGAAAGCAGCGAAAAAAAAGAGAAGAUAACUGUGACGUUUGUUGAUAAAGAUGGUGAGGAAAAGGUCAUCCAAGUUCCUAUUGGAAUGUCAAUGUUAGAAGCUGCCCAUGAAAAUGACAUAGAACUUGAAGGAGCAUGUGAGGGCUCACUAGCUUGUUCUACCUGCCAUGUGAUUGUGAUGGAUAUGGAAUACUACAACAAAUUAGAAGAUCCAGUAGAUGAAGAAAAUGACAUGUUGGAUCUAGCAUUUGGGCUUACUGAAACGUCUCGCCUUGGUUGCCAGGUGAUUGCAAAGCCUGAGCUUGAUGGAAUUCGCUUAGCUCUACCAGCAGCUACCCGAAACUUCGCUGUUGAUGGGUUUGUACCAAAACCACACUGAAUGUGUUUUCAUACUUUUUGAGUGUAAAGAUUGCAUUCAAACCACAGUUUUGCAGUUUGUGCUGCACAGACAAUUUUGAUCUUUAACAUCCAAAAUCAUCAAAAUCAGGCAUUCCAUUGUUGUAUAAUAAUCGGCCAACAUUUCGAGUCAUUUAUUGAGCUCUGUGAACUCCUUUUUGGCAAUUGAUCUUUAAUUGUAAACUUUUAUUUCAGACGGGGUUCUAACAUAAAAUCAUCUCUCUUACACUGCAA